GAAGUACCUCAUUUUGCAUGUAUGUGGCACUUACUGCAAAACAUAAUGAAAAAUUUCAGAAGAAGUCAACAAAGGGUCACUGAGUUGUUCUACUCUAUGGCAAAAACAUACACCAUGACAGAAUUUAAUCAAUGUAUGACAAUGGUUGAGAAGAUAGAUAAGAGGAUCAAAGAUUACUUGUUGAACAUUGGAUACAACAAAUGGUCGCGUGUGCAUGCUGAAGUAAACAGAACUUGGAUGAUGACAUCAAAUAUAGCAGAAUCAGUCAAUUCACGAACAAGACAUGUCAAAGUUCUUACAGUCUUGCAACUCUUGGAAUUUAUGAGACAACUUGUACAGAAAUGGAAUAACAAUAACAGAUCAAAGGCGACAUUUUCAGGUUUUCACCUUGGAAAAAAGUAUGAAAAUAUAUUGCGGCGCAAUAAAACUGCAUCAGAGAAAUUAAAGGUUGUAGAGACAAAUAAAUAUGUGUAUACCGUACUUGAUGGUAUUACACAAUUCACAGUAUGUCUUCACCAACGUACAUGCACAUGUGGGAGAUUUCAAUUGGAUGAGUUACCAUGUCCACAUGCUUUGGCCGUUUUAACAAUAAAACACACUGGUUAUGAGAAAUAUUGUUCGGCUUACUAUACAAGAAAAAAUUUAUUGUUGACAUAUCAAUUUCAAAUGGAUCCCCUGCCAAAUGAAAGUACAUGGAACACACCAACACAUGUUCUUGAAGAUAUUGUACUUCCACCUCAUNAUUUGAUCCCAUAA